AUGACAUCACUACCACCGAUGAAAUACGUCCGCGUGGGCAAAUCCGGCCUCAAGGUCUCCCAGAUCAUCCUGGGUUGCAUGAGCUUUGGAGACAAGAACUGGCAGCCGUGGCUCCUCGAUGAACAAGAAGCCUUCCCCAUCCUCAAGCACGCUUUCGACUCUGGUAUCAACACAUGGGACGUCGCCGACACAUACUCCAACGGCAAAGCAGAGGAAAUCCUCGGCGCAGCCAUCAAGCACUACAACAUUCCCCGCUCCAAGCUCGUCAUCAUGUCGAAGUGCUUCCAGUUUGUCGAUGAGGCGAAGGGUCCCAUUGACCCCGCGACUUUGACAGACAACAACGGGCCCCGAGUUAACCAGAUUGGUCUGUCCAGGAAGCAUAUUCUCGACGCCGUGGACCGCAGCGUAGAGCGUCUUGGAACACAUAUCGACGUGCUGCAGAUCCACCGUAUGGACCGCGACGUGCCGCCAGAGGAGAUCAUGAAGGCGCUCAACGACGUAAUCGAGAGCGGGAAGGUGCGCUACAUCGGCGCCAGCUCGAUGCUUGCCUGGGAAUUCCAAAUGCUACAAAACGUCGCCAAGUCGAACGGCUGGCAUCAAUUCAUAUCAAUGCAGGGCAUGUACAACCUUCUCUACCGCGAGGAAGAGCGCGAAAUGAACGCAUACUGUAACGCAACCGGCGUCGGCCUGUUCCCGUGGUCUCCACUCGCCGCGGGCGUGCUGACGCAUUCCUGGAGCGAUCGCAGCGACAAGCGCGAGCAGAUCGACCCCUUCCUCAAAAUGCUGUUCCGCAGCGGGGACCACGCGGCUGACAAGGCGAUUGUGGAUCGCGUCGAGGAGCUGGCGAAGAAGAAGGGGGUGUAUAUGGCGCAGAUCUCGCAGGCGUGGCUGAUUAGCAAGGGCGGUAUGCCGAUUUGCGGGCUGGAGACUAAGGAGAGGAUUGAUCAAGCUGUGGGUUCUACCGCGGUUGAGCUGACCGAGGAGGAGGUCAAGUAUCUUGAGGAGCUGUAUGUUCCCAAGAUGCCCUUCCCGUUUUAG